AUGAGUUUUCUUUUUGGGAGUCGGUCUAAUAAAACUUUCAAACCAAAGAAGAAUAUACCAGAAGGAACACAUCAGUAUGACCUUAUGCGGCAUGCUGCCGCUACAUUGGGUUCUGGAAACCUUCGACUAGCUGUUAUGUUACCAGAGGGAGAGGAUCUCAAUGAAUGGGUUGCGGUUAACACUGUGGACUUCUUCAAUCAGAUCAACAUGCUGUACGGCACCAUCACGGAGUUCUGUACGGAGGAGUCGUGCGCGGUGAUGUCGGCAGGGCCCAAGUACGAGUACCACUGGGCCGAUGGCCACACCGUCAAGAAACCUAUCAAGUGCUCCGCCCCCAAGUAUAUCGACUACCUCAUGACCUGGGCGCAGGACCAACUCGAUGACGAGACUCUGUUCCCUUCUAAAAUAGGUGUUCCGUUCCCGAAGAAUUUUCUGUCUAUGGCUAAGACGAUCCUGAAGCGGCUGUUCCGUGUGUACGCGCACAUCUACCACCAGCACUUCCCCGAGGUGGUGCAGCUGGGCGAGGAGGCGCAUCUCAACACCUCCUUCAAGCACUUCAUUUUCUUCGUGCAGGAAUUCAAUUUAAUAGAGAGAAGAGAGUUGGCACCACUACAAGAGCUCAUUGAGAAGCUGACUGCGAAGGAGGCGCGAUGA